AUGCCCCUCGUACCCGACGACCCGGUCUCAACGUCGCACCAUAAUCUCGCAUCUCCACCAGAACGCCUAGUUACAAGGAGCACUCCGUCAUCCACCGUCCAUAGCCGGGAAACCUCCGCCGUCAGAGGAAGGGCACUCGAUCCCUCCGCGCUAGCCCCUGCCACCCUCCAGCCUCAGAGCCGACGCCGUGGCCAGUCCCAUUCGAAGAGUCCUGAAACAGCAUCUGUGCGCCCGAGUCCUGGAAACGAUGCCCCGCUGGAGCGCAGACCAUCCAAUUCGUACGGGCACCACCGGCAAACCUCGAUCGUCCAUGGAAUCCAGCACUCCCGGAACCCCAGCUUCGCCGCGUCGACCACGUCCACGAGCCCCCUGAGUCCGGAACUCAUCGCGAGCCUCAGCCGCAGCGGCGGCGCUGAGCAGGAUAUUGCUGGAAUUGGUAGGCUGGAUUACUCCGACAUGCACUCGAACCAUCACAGCCCGUCGGCCAGUGGCGCGGUAAAUACACAAGGGAUGCUGAGUACAAUUGAGGACCGAGAUACGGACGAUGUGCCAGAAGGUGCCAGUCCGGUGAGUGUAGCCCACAGAAGGAUGAAUUCCGCCGGGAAGCCGUGGCGAGAACGUUCGCACAGUCGAUCGCACUCCCGACACGCGCAGGCAGAGUCAAAGACUGUUGGCGAAUAUGCGCUACACCAUCUGUUCAAUUCUUUUGUUGGUCUAGCAGACACAAAAAUCAACCAGUCUAUCAUGAGGUUGGGUGAAUCGGAUACUCCAGUGGAAGACGUGUGCGGCCCUGGCGCGGACCCGAAAUUCGAUCAACUGAUAUCCGCACUGGGCCAUAUUGCUCGUCAAAAACCGAAGCCAUUAAUCGACACAAUCAUGUUUUGGAGGAAAGCCAAAGGUGAUGCGGUCAUUGGGGCCAAACAAGCGGCAACUCAGCCAAAACCGUCCGCUGAAAAUGGCUUACUCGCGCGUCGAAACACGGAACCUACCCAAGCGGUACCCGAUCCGAGCCAUUCGACGAACUCGCUUCUUUCGCGGCAUGACGAUAUCGUUCUGACAGAGCGCCGAGCUACCGUAUCCGUGUACCUAGUGUGCAGAGUCCUGAUAGAGAUUUUCAACCAGAGCAGCCUUGAAGCCAUAACGGUCGACAUGGCUGACCGAUUGGAGGAUAUAGUGUUUGGUCAAUUGAAAACAGUCGACCCUGACCAGAUCUCGGCGUCGCCGCUCCGAAUGGCUAAUUGGAGAAUCUACUCACAACUUCUUGGGAUCAUGAGCGAAGAUAAAUUCACAAGCGUGACAAGCCGUUUCUUAUCAGAGCUUGAACGAUAUCAAAAGGACGAAAGUUUACGAGGACCUUCCAAAGAGGGAGACGCACGGUCUGAGCUUCUACUAUCCGGCCUGGAGCACGUCCGCAUUAGGACGACCCCUGAAAAGUGGCCGAAAUCUUGCGAGUUCUUGAGAACUUUGGCCCGGUUAUUCGUCAACGCUCAUGGCCAGCGCAUCAAGCAGGCAUACUGCAGUAUGUUCGAGAAGUUACUGCUUCCGGUAGCAGCCAACCCAAUCUGCGAUUUGACUCUUCCCAAGUGGAAAGAGUUCCUUGACUUGAUACACACUCGUCUCCCGCACAUGUUGACUAAACCCAGGCACUGGGCUGCGGCUUUUCCGCUCCAUGUUUUGCUUUUAUGUUUAUCGACAAAGGAGAACUUUUCGUCCCAAUGGCUCUCGAUAAUUCAAUCCCUCCCUGCCAAACUCAAAGACCGGCCUACAAGGGGACCGGCUCUCCAGGCCAUGUGCCGCCUGGUGUGGACCUAUUUCUUCCGCUAUUCGGAUUCUCCCACGGUGACGCUUCGCAAGAUCGAUGAGGUGACCAAGAUAGCAUUACCGGCAGGAAAAAGGACAUACCUCAGUACUGACCCGGUCGUGGCAGAGCCUUUGGCUCAGCUGGUAAGAAUGAUAGGAUUCAAACACCCCGAUGUGUGUUUCCGAACCAUCAUUUUCCCAUUGAUCAGCUCCGACUAUUUCUUGUCUCCCGGCAGGGACAUCAGGAUCGAACAAAUGGAACCCGAAAAGAUGGUGAUUGGGAUCCAGUCAUUCCUCGCAAUAAUCACGGAUUUGGAAAAUUGCGACCAGCUAUGCCCACCUGUGCCUACCGGCUCCAUUCCUAACCCUUUUACCGAUGCUACAGCGCACCUGUUUCGAACCCAGUCUCUCUUAGAUUCGAAGAGCCCCGCUACCAAUGACGUGCCAGAUCAAAAUACAUCUUGUCCUGUCAACAUUGCACAACUUAGCGACAACGUCAAGGUUCACUACUUCCGCUUCUGUGAGAUACUAGGCAAAAUAACACUGCUGUGCGAUAACACUUUUGGAGGUCAGGCUGCUUUGGAUGAGAAGUUUGGAGGAACUACGCCCAAAACGCCGAUCACGGAAGCAUUUAGCUUCGGGAGGCGGGAUGACCACCUCAAUGCCUUGGACCAGAGACAGGGAUUCUAUGACCUGCUUCAUGUGGCGGUUCAAGCGCUUCCCCGCUGCUUGUCUGAUCAUAUUCCUUUCAACUCAUUGAUCAAUCUGUUGUGCACAGGCACCGCUCAUGUGCAGCCCAACCUUGCUUUUUCUUCCGCUGAAUCCUUGAAAGCGAUUGCACGGCAGUCACAUGCGCAGCAGGUUACCAUGGGGUUCGCGAGGUUUAUCUUCAAUUUUGAUGCAAGAUAUUCCACAAUGUCUGAUGAAGGGAUGUUGGGACCAGGUCACAUUGAGUCGACCUUGAGGCUCUACGUCGAACUCUUACAAAUCUGGAUCGAGGAGAUCAGACAAAAAACCAAGGGCACUAUAGCGGACUCUGGCGAGAAGAACGGUUCUGCGAGCCGCGCGCUACAUCUUGAUCUCUCCAGUGUCCUAGCGCAGGUCGAGGAAGUCGAGUCUCACGGCCUGUUUUUCUUGUGUUCGCAGUCGCGCGUGGUCCGGUCGUUCGCCAUCACAGUACUCCGCCUCAUAACGGAGUUCGACAGCGCUCUCGGAAAAGAAAACACUCGAAUAAUCAGAAUCCUCGAGGCUGAUUCCCAGCAAAUUCUGAACGUCAACGACGAACAUCUGACAGUGGCCGAAAGAAGCCGCAUCCAAAAAGGUAAACGAAAGAGUGCUUCCCAGAAUACUUUGAUCGAGCUUUGCAGCAGCGAGGUUUCCUAUGAUUCAACUCUGUGGUCAAAGGUAUUUCCGAACAUCAUUCGUAUAAGUUUUGAAACUUGUCCUUUUGCGGUCACGCUUGGGCGAGAGAUUGUCUGCGCAAGGCUUGUGCAAAUGCACAAAACUAUCACCGCUUUAGCAGAGUCACCGCAGAAUCCUAUGUCUUUAGAUCCUGCGCAGGCUCGCUCCUUGGCUAGACACAACACGACCGCUGAGAUCAUGGUCGAGCAGUGGAAACUGUAUCUGGUCAUGGCGUGUACAACGCUCAACAGCGUUGGGGCACAGUCUCAAAGUCAAUUGGCCAACGCCCAGCACGCAAGAAAAUCAUCAAAGGGCUCGUCGCAGUCGUCUGAUAAAAUAGGAUCUGCUAGAAGCCUUUUUGCGUUUGUCAUACCAUUGCUUUCAGCAGAACGCGCGUCCAUCCGAAAUGCAAUUGUGGUCGCCCUGGGAUCUAUCAACAAGCAUCUUUACCGGAUACUCCUCGAAUCGCUGCAGUACGCUGUCACAACCUGCAAUGAAGAAGCCAAGAUUCGCAUCGGAACGCAUCAUCGUACACCCAGCAGUCCCCGACGAAGCCGCAAAACGGACAGGCUACGGACAGAGGUGACCCACGUGUAUAAACUGACCUCAAAAUUCCUGAAGGAGUCAGAAGUAUAUGACGAGGACUGGAUCGUCAACAACCUCGUUACGUACGCCAAAGACCUGCGGAUCUUCCUCAGUGAUGCCGGUGUUCAAAACGAUUGGGAGUUUCAAAGUUUACGCUUCCAUUAUUGUGGAUUGAUGGAAGAACUGUUCGAGGGCAUCAACCGUACAAAAGAUCCGUCACGGUGGAUUCCCUUUGAAGCACGCAAAUCUUCCUUCUCUCUGAUGGAGGAUUGGUGUGGGUACUCCCCGAAUCAAGGCCAAAUCAACCAGCGUGAGGAGCAGAUGCGGAAACUUGCCAUGGCACAGCGCCAGGAGGCAGGUGGAGAGUUACGAAAUACCGCCGCAGCCAUGGAAAUUGAGAAACGGAACCUUCGAGCAGCAGCUCUAGGCGCCAUGGCGUCCCUCUGCGCCGGCCCCGUAAGUAUUACCACAGAAAGCGGCGCAGUGCUCCAGUUCGACGUCGGACGCAUGCUCUCCUGGAUUGAGAUUAUCUUCAACACUCUCAGCGAUAAAUGGCAUGCAAUUGGCAGACGUGCGCUGAAAAAUCUGAUUCUCCACAACAAGGAACACACCUACCUGCUAGAGCGUUCGGUUGAGAUGUGCUAUGUCACAGAGCGACCCAAGUCACUGGAAAGCUAUUUUGAAGUAGUAACCGAAAUCCUAAUCGAACACACCGACUAUCCUUUGGGCUUCUGGAGAAUCCUUGGAGCCGUCUUGGUCACGCUGGGUAGCCCCAAGCGAGAGAUCAGGAUGAAAUCGGCCAAACUACUGCGGAUCCUCGAGGAGCGCGAGCAAAAGAACUCCCGGUUACAGGACUUCGAUAUCAGUAUAUCCGACAAGACUACCGCGGUCUAUAAGCUGGCCCAGUUCGAAACAUCGAAACGUCUCGCCCAGCAGCAUGCUGACUUGGCCUUUACACUGUUUUCAGAAUUUUCUUUGCAUUUCAAGAACCUGCGGCCCGACAGUCAGCGAAACUUCGUGGCUGCAAUCCUUCCUUGGGUACAGACAAUAGAGCUGCAGGUCGAUCCCAAUGGUGGACCUACGGCAAAAUCGUACAUGCUCCUUGCCAACCUCUUCGAGAUUACAAUUCGGUCAAGCACAAUACUCCCGAAUGAGGUGCAAGCUCUUUGGCAGGCUCUAGCCACCGGGCCACAUGGAGGAAAUGUGCAGUUGGUUCUGGACUUUGUGAUUAGUCUCUGCCUGGAGCGCAAAGAACAGAACUUUGUGGAAUAUGCAAAGCAGGUUGUUGUAUUCUUAUCAGGGACACCUGCGGGAUCAAAAGUGAUCGAGUUCUUCUUGAUGCAAGUCGGUCCCAAGAACAUGGUUCAAGAACGAAAAGAAAUCACGCCGGCACCUCCAGAUGUCAAAAGCCUACCGUACGUUGCCGACCUCGCAACCGUGCUCCCAGUCGGUAACAAGCAGGCUGGCCUCUCUCUUGGCCAGGUUGCUCUCAUCUUCCUUGUAGACCUCAUGGUCGCUCCAGUCACCAUUUCUCUUCCGGAUAUUGUGAAGCUGCUGCAUGUUGUUAUUAUCCUCUGGGACCAUUAUACUCUUACCGUCCAAGAACAGGCCAGGGAAAUGCUUGUCCAUUUAAUCCAUGAGUUGAUCGCCGCCAAGAUUGAAGACAACGAACCGGUCAGACAUUCGAUCGAAGAUUUUGUGGAGUGCAUUCGCCGAAGUGACCCAAAGGUGGUUUGGGACUAUGAUGCCGAAAUAGACAGCGAUGAUGACAGCCGGGUCCCGACCUCAAUGGCUAGCGUUACACGCGCUGUGGUUGAAUUCUUUAGCCUUGCGUAUGAUGGCAUUACCGAUAUCUGGGCAAAGGAAGCCCUGAAUUGGGCAACUUCAUGCCCCGUUCGGCAUCUCGCCUGCCGCUCCUUCCAAGUAUUCCGUUCCAUCUCCACAAGCCUCGAUUCUAGAAUGCUCGCCGACAUGCUGGCUCGACUUUCAAAUACCAUCGCGGACGAGGAGGCAGAUUACCGGACUUUCUCCAUGGAGAUCCUUACGACACUCAAGAUCAUCAUUAGUUCUCGAGCACCACCGGAUCUGUUACGGUAUCCGCAGCUGUUUUGGACAACAUGCGCUUGCCUAAACACUAUCCACGAGACCGAAUUCAUCGAAAGUGUCGGCAUGCUAGAGAAAUUUUUGGACAGGGUCGACAUGAGUGAUCCCAUGGUAGUCGGGGAGCUUAUCAAUGGCCGCCCGCCGAAAUGGGAAGGUGGCUUUGAUGGCAUCCAAAAUUUGGUCUACAAAGGGCUGAAGAGUUCUCAAUCGCUCAAUCGCACGCUGGACAUUCUACAUCGCUUAAGCGGCCUUCCGAACAAUGACCUUAUCGGAGACGGCAAUAGGCUUCUCUUCACAAUUCUAGCCAACCUGUCUCACUUCCUUCGCCAGUUCGACCCGAAUGUGGACGAUCCGAAAACGCUCGCUCGUGCAACAUUACUGGCGCGCGUGGCGGAGGGUGAAGGGUGUCCUCGCCUCGCAGCUUCUCUCCUCGGGUUUGCGAAUGGCCAGUACAAGGCCGAAAAUGACUUCUUAAACCACAUUAUCACCGAGAUUCGAUCAUACUACUACCCGCAACAGGAUAUCCAGAGCCUGAUCUUCCUUAUGGGCUUGCUUACAAACGCAACAGAUUGGUUCCGAAUCAAGGUUAUGAAGAUAUUGUGCGCGGUGAUUCCCGAAGUCGACAUGCGAAGGUCUGAUGUGACAAGCCACGGGCCUGAUCUGAUCUCGCCGCUAUUGCGCCUUUUGCAAACCGAUUUAUGCCCCCAAGCCCUGCAAGUUAUGGAUCAUAUUAUGACUGUCUCGGGCAAUCCAAUGGAGCGUCAUCAUAUCAGAAUGAGCAUGGCUUCCUCGACCUCUUCGAGGGCAAUCCGGAAAGAAUACGAGCGAAUACAGAGUCUUUACGGCAUCCCCGAGCCAACAGGAUGGUCUAUCCCAAUGCCGGCAGCCCAAUCAGGUGUCACGCGACAUAAUGUCCACGCCGUAUUCUAUACAUGUGCCGAAGUGGAUCGCGUGGAUGAUCAGGAAGCCGCACCGGCCGAGGUUGAAUUCCAUGCCGACGACUACAAUGACAGUUUCUUCCCCAUGCGAGCUGAUACCAUGCAAUCGAUUGAAACGACGACAGAUGGUAACAUGGGCGACAUCGUGCAGAAACUAGAUAGUUUAGACGACUUUUUUGAGGACACGGAAUCCUCCCACCCCACCCUCGAUGCCUUGCCGGACAUGGCAUUGCGUGGCUUCGCAGGUAGUUAUGUCGAUUCUAACGCGAGUAUAUAUGACCAACAAACCGCACCGAUACUGCGAAAGUCCCUAGCGCGAACGGCUUCCACAUCCUCAUUCCACAACGGUCUUGUUGACUCUCGCCCUACAAACAUGCGCUUUGACGGCGCCGGCUACCAUUCCGCCGGUGCAUCGACGCCUCAUCUAUCCACGCAAACACUGCGUCCCGUAUCCCAUACGCGCUCCGUGACCUCACCGGUCAAUCAUGUCUUUUCUCCAACCUCGGCAGGUCCGCAGUUCUCUACCCCACCAAUCGGAGCCCACGAGCCCACCUUUUUCUCUGAUGACGAGAACGAGGAGGGCUCUUUCGACUUUGAUGAACGCCUAAUGGUGAACAAACACCCCGUGCACCCUCUGGCCAUGGCCAACCAGCAGCGCAGCGCAACAGACGGCUCCUCAUCGCUUGAAUCUAUGAUUCGGAGUGGCAUGAGACGGCUGACCGGCGGCACAGCAGCAGGCCGAGACAAGGAGCGCCAGCGUGAGUUUGUCCGAGCCCAGCAACGGGCGAUAGCUCAAUCAGCAAACUCACCUCGCGUGCCGAAGGUGCCGGCGGAAUACCUUGGUGGCUCUCCCAGCCAUCCGAGCUCACCGGGGCAAUAG